AUGGAGGCUUGGGACAUGAUACAAACCUAUAUGUUUGGGAUGGGCAGAUCCAAGCCUAGUAAGAUCGAGGUGAAUGGGAAGAAUGAGGCUCCUCUUUAUAAGUUUUUAAAAUUGGAGAAAGGUGGGCUCUUUGGAAAUGGCAUCAAAUGGAACUUUACCAAGUUUUUGGUGAACAAAGAAGGGAAGGUUGUUGAAAGAUAUGCUCAUGUGACAGCACCUCUCAAAUUUGAGAAAGACAUCCAGAAUCUGUUGGAAUCUUCUUGA